AAUAUCCGCGUCAAUAUUCCCAGGAAAUAUGCUCAACCGGUGAUUCCAAACGAGUUCAAACUCCCUCUCUAGUUUCUAUAAAGGCCUGUCCUCGAACUCCAUUCCAAAAUCUCAAUCUUCAAUCAAUUUCUAUCAAAAGAGUCCCCUUUCAUUACUCUAACACGUUCUUCGACAUGGCGCCUCUCAACUUUGGCUUCCUCAUGAUCCAGUACCAAGUUCUCGAUGUAGCCGGUCCUCUCGACAUUCUUUCCUGUUCCUCAAAGGAGCUCAUGACCUCCCUGGCGGCCGCCGGCUUCCCUGGGGCCUCCAAGAUGGUUGAUAAAGCCAUCGAUAUCAAAUUCCACCACAUUGCCGAAACCAUGAAUCCGGUCCAAAUGACUGGCGGCCUGAGAGUCGUCCCAACAACGACCUGUGACACCUGUCCUCCCCUCGACUUCCUACUCGUCGGCGGCCCAGACCCCUCGAAGUACGUGCUCCCUGAUCGGUUCGCGGAGUUCAUUAGGCAGCAUGUGAAGGCUGGCGGCCACUUGUUUACGACUUGUACUGGUGGAUUGGCGAUUGCGCCAUCUGGAGUUCUCGAUGGGAGGACUGCGACGACGAAUCAUGGCGUGUUGGAGGUUGCGAAGAAGGUGGCGCCCAAGGUGAAGUGGGUGGAGAAGCAGUGGGUUGAGGACGGCAAGAUUUGGACUUCGGGAGGUGCCUGUGCUGGGAUGGACAUGAUGGCGCAUUGGCUCAUUAAAAAUUACGGGAUGGAGUUAGCGAAGUCGACAUUUUAUGGCUUAGAUUUUGAGCCAAGGGAUAUCGAGGGAAAUAGGGUGCUUCCUCAGCAGCAUGGGGCAGGCAUCAAUGGGAACAACCCAUUCUCGGUUUGAAAAUCCGAGCUAUUCUAGCAAGUUCAUGUCGAUCGUUCCCAUACUUUGCACUCAGGAC